CUUAUCUUUUCUUAUUUUGUUUUUCAUUUCAAUUUAAACGCCUACAAAGAACUCCGAAAUCAAUUUAUUUUGUAGCUUUUUUGAAUCUGCCUUGGCUGCCUGCAAUGGUGGAUAUAAAACUAACCUUUGUUCUUUGGGGAUUUUUUUGGUGUGUGUGUGAAAUUUUCCUUCUCCCUGUUUUUUAACGUUUCUUCGUCUUUUUUGUUUUUGUUGAUAAAAAAUGGAGGGUGUGGGUUGUUCGGAUAAGGGUUUCUUCAAUUUGUUUUUGUGACCUCUUAUUUGUCUUCAAUUUUUGUAAAGAGUUGGUGUAGAAGGUUGUUCUGUGUUCUCGUGUGUGGUUAAAUUUUGGAGAUGAGUCAUGCAAAAGAGAAUGAGGAAGCAGGGCAGAAUGUACCCUUGGCUUUGGAAGAAACUCAGCAGUUAGUUGAAGCACAGAUUCAACCAGAAGAUUUUGCUGCUCCUGUGUCCACAGGGGGUACUUCAAAUCAUGUUGAAAACGGGAAAGUAGAGGUAGAGGCACGCGUGGAGGAUAAAAUUGUGAAACCAGAAGCGGAUUCAGAGUGCAUUCCACUACAAGAUGUCCUAAAUAGUAUAAAUACUCUUCACUCAGUCCCCGUAAUGGACGAUGCUCAAGUUUUAAAUAACGCAGAAGGCGAAUAUGUGUCAGAUGUGAAGAGCAAAGCUGAAGAAGCUCUGCAGUGUGAGAGGGGCAUCAAGAAUGAUGCUAAUGUUUGUCAAAUCAAUGCUGAUACUGCUGAAACCACUGUGGCGGUGAGUCCCAAGGCUUUUGAGGCAGCUGAUAGUAAAACUUGUGAUAAUGGUGACUCCAACUCCAUAUGCCCUAGUCAUAAUGAGCCUAAUACACCACAUGCCGUUCCUGCUGAUGUAAGACCUGAAAUCAAGAGUGGAUUAGACAAUGAGAAUAGGGAUAAUGAAAAGCAGGCUGCUGCUGCACGUGCAGAUAAUGGAAACUCAAUCUCAAAGAACUUGUACUUUUUGGAUCCUGAUGAUUCAUAUGAUGGUAAUGAGUCAGGAACAGAAGAGGAGCAAUCAGCUUUUAUGAAGGAGCUUGAAAAUUUCUUUAGGGAGAGGAGCAUGGAAUUCAAACCACCCAAGUUCUAUAAAGAGGAGCUUAAUUGCCUUAAGUUAUGGAGAUCUGUACACAGAUUGGGCGGCUAUGACAAGGUUACCUCAUGUAAAUUCUGGCGGCAAGUGGGAGAGUCUUUCAAACCUCCAAAGACAUGCACAACAGUUUCAUGGACUUUUCGGGUUUUUUAUGAGAAGGCACUUCUUGACUACGAAAGGCAUACAACAAAAGGUGGUGAGCUGAAUGUGCCUAUUACUCCUCUUGCAGAGCCAAUAAAUAUUGAAAAUCAGUCUGUCCAGGGUUCAGCAUCAUCAGGUAGGGCACGGAGAGAUGCUGCAGCAAGGGCUAUGCAGGGUUGGCACUCACAACGUCUCCUUAGCAAUGGUGAAUUUAGUGAUCCUAUUAUUAAGGAUAGGAAUUCUUUGUCUAUGCAAAAGCGUGAAAAACAACUUAAAAACAUCAAUUUACUUAAACGCAAGAAAUCAUCGGACACCGUUAAUGUUGUCAAAGUGGCACACAGUCAACCAUCUAGACCACAGUUAAGACACAUAUCGGACACAUCUGUGGUUGACAUUGGACCUCCUGCUGAUUGGGUAAAAAUCAAUGUGCAAAAAACUAAAGAUUGUUUUGAGGUCUAUGCUUUAGUUCCUGGCCUUCUGCGCGAAGAGGUGCGUGUUCAAUCAGACCCAGCUGGACGCUUGGUCAUAAGUGGUGAGCCCGAGCAUUCUGACAAUCCAUGGGGGGUGACACCUUUCAAGAAGGUUGUCAGCUUGCCUUCAAGAAUUGAUACUCAGCAGACGUCGGCUGUGGUGACCUUGCAUGGACAAUUGUUUGUUCGAGUUCCAUUUGAGAGCAAUCAAAAUAGAGAAGGCUGAUAGAUUCAUGCCGAACUAAUUUACCAAGGUUUAUAGGAUAGUUGACCCCUAAGCCAAAUUCAUGCCGUGUUCUAUUAUCUCUGAAUUAUGUCAAUAAUUUUUUAUUUAAAAUUUUCAUUUGAUGUUCUGUCAAAAGUUUUACAAUUUCAAGCAUUGUUUAAAAUCACACCUUAGUAAUAGUAUAGUGGCAGCGUUGGUUGCUAUUCUAUUAUUUAAACCCCAUGCUACCAAAACUAAUAUUUCCCCAAAAUGAAAGAAGUAUUCUAAAAAGCACUGUAACA